AUGGGGAGGGGGCCUGGAGCGGAGGGAACCGGCUCCUCCGGUCGGCCGGAGAUAACGCGCGCACGCGCCGGAGCGGCUCUGACAAGGAGCGCAGGCGGGGAAGCCUCGGCCAGCGCCGGCGUGCGCGCGCGAAUGGGGGCGCGCGCCCCUCGGCGUUCCUGGCUUCUGGGAGAGGGCGCGCAUGCGCCGGCCGCUGCCACCUACGGCGACCCUGGCAUGUGCCAGGGCUUCUCCCCGCCCCCUUCCUCGCUGCACCCGUGGAGAGCGCCGGAGGCUGAGCGGGGCGCGAGCGGAUCCCGGAUCCCAGGAGGAGAGCCGCCUCCUGAGAAUGCCGUGCUCCCUACAGCGCUGGGAACGGACCGGCCCGUGCCAGCUCAGUCGGCUGCCCUAGGGGGCACCCGCACUAGAGGUUUUGAAGCUGGCUCCUUGCUACUUUUAGGGGUGGGAGCUGCUGCUGCUCAGCUCCUGCAGCCCGCGUUUGGCCGCUUGGCUGCAGCUUCCAGCGCGAUCCUACAAUGGCAUCGCUCCCCCAGGAGACUCAGCGAAGCCCUACUUUAUCUUGUGAGAGCUGUUUCCACAUUCACUCUAAGAGAAAGACCGCCCCCACGAGGGCCUGAGUUCGAUGCCCGGCCUCUCCCGACCCGCGGCUGCUACAGCCCCUCUGAGGCGGAAGUUUAUUCAGUACGGGAAAGAGUACAGCACGGGGAGAGGGGAGAGGCUUUGCCCUAGGAUGUG